AUGGGUGAUAAUAUUCAAACCGGACAUUAUUUGCCUCAUCACGCUGUUGUUAAAGAAUCUAGCCUUACGACUAAAAUUCGCCCUGUGUUUGAUGCAUCUGCUACGACUAAAGAAGGUGUCAGUCUUAAUUCUUGUCUAGAAAAAGGAAGCAAUCUUAUAGAAUUAAUACCAAAAUUACUUAUUCAAUUUAGAAAAGGCAAGAUAGGUAUUAUCGCCGAUAUAAAAAAGGCCUUUUUACAAAUAUCUAUCCAUCCAAAUGAUCGCAAGUUUCUCAAAUUUUUAUGGUGGGACAACCCUAGCAGCUCAGAUAGAAAAUUAAAAGUUUUUAGACACCGUCGUGUAGUUUUUGGUGUUAAAACGAGUCCAUACCUUCUAUCAGCUACUAUUCUAUACCACCUCGAGAAAUAUGUAGGCGAUACUGCCAGUCAAUUGAGAAAGAGCUUUUAUGUUGAUAAUUGUGUAGUCAGUGUUAACAAUGAAUCUGAAAUGAAAAAAUUCAUGAAUGAAGCUUUGCACAUAAUGAACGAAGGCAAGUUUGAAUUAAGAUGUUGGGUGACUGGCCCUACUUUAGAUAAAAAUCAAGCAGAUACCUCUGUAUUAGGAGUUACUUGGGAUGCUCAAAAUGAUGAACUCUAUUGUAAAGUUCCUUUUUUCAAACAAGUUACAGAUAAGCUUACAAAAAGGACAUUGUUAUCAAUGGCGCAAAGUAUUUUCGAUCCAAUCGGGUUUCUCUGUCCUACCACACUGAUACCGAAACUAUUAAUACAAAAGUGCUGGGAAAAGUCUAUGGACUGGGACAAAGAACUUACCUUAGAAUUGGGAAAAUCAGCAAAAGAAUGGCUUCAUCAUGUAAAUGCUAUCGAAAAAUGUCGUAUUCCAAGAAGAUUGAGUGUAUCAAAUUUAUCUGGUAGCAAUAACACCAUUCAUGUUUUUAGUGAUGCAAGCCAAUACGCUUAUUCUGGAUGCGUCUUUCUGCGAUCGGAACAUGAUAAUAUGGUAACAGUACAGCUUGUUCUUGCUAAAAGUAGAGUUACUCCAUUGAAACCAGUUACAAUGCCGAGACUUGAAUUAAUUGCAGCUUUGUUAGCCACACGAUUGGCUACAGAAGCCAAAUUUUCAUUGCAACUGAAUUGCAAAGAAUAUUACUGGACUGAUUCUAGCAUUGUGUUAGCAUGGAUAAGACGGCAAUCAGGUCUAAAUGUUUUUGUUCACAAUAGAGUGAAAGAGAUUACAGAAAGAAGUAACAGCGAUGCUUGGCGUCAUGUACCUGGUGAACUUAACCCAGCUGAUCUUCCAUCAAGAGGAUGCAAUGCUCAAAAUUUAUUGAAAAGUCGAUGGUGGGAGGGUCCAGCUUGGCUUCAUAAUUCACAAUCAGCGUGGCCCAAUUCUGAUGUUACUCCAGAUGAAAAUGAAGUCAACAAGGAAGUAAAGAAAAGCUGUUUAACUGUGCAAGAAGGUACCAAAUUUUCUGACAGACUUCUUCAUUUUGGGAAGUAUUCAAAAAUUGUUAGAACCGUUGCAUGGUGCUUGAGAUUUUCCAAGUUCUAUCGACAGUAUAGAAGUUAUAAAGAUAUUACUGCUGAAGAGUAUGAAAGAGCAGAAACUCGAUUGAUGUCAAUAAUACAAAAGGAGUCUUAUGAAAGUUUUGAUGAGAUAAAAUUAAGACUCAAAAUGGAUAUUUUUCAAGAUAGUCAAGAUAUUAUUCGUGUAAAAACUAGAUUGACACUAAGUGGUGACACUGAGAGUUUUAUAACUCCGAUAUUACUGCCUAGCACAAAUGUAAUAGUGAGGCGACUCGUUCGAUAUAAACAUGUUCAUAGUCUUCACGCUGGAACACAAACUCUUAUAAAUAACUUACGAGAAGAGUAUUGGAUAGUUGGUGUCAGAAGGUUAGCAAAAAAUGUUGUACGAGAUUGUAUUAUAUGUAAACGAUAUAAUGCUAAGGCUAGUACUGUACCUUUCGCUCCAUUACCUGCAGAACGUGUAACUUGUGGAGUACCAUUUGAAGUAACGGGUAUAGAUCUAGCAGGACCAGUAUAUCUCAAAUCUAAUCAGAAGCGCUGGAUAGUAGUCUUUACUUGUGCUACUUACAGAGCCUUACACCUGGAAAUAUGCUCUUCAGUUAGUACUGAAGAGUUCCUGUUGACGUUAAGACGUUUUAUUGCACGAAGAGGUAGGCCUAGGAUUAUAUACAGCGAUAACGCUACUAAUUUUCGAGGAGCGAAUAAUGUCUUAAAUUCAAUUAAUUGGGACGACGUUUCUUUCAAAACCUCAGUUCAAAAGAUAUCAUGGCACUUUAUUCCACCACAAGCGCCAUGGUGGGGUGGAUGGUGGGAGCGAAUGAUUCGUACUAUUAAAGAAAUUCUGAGAAGAGUUUUAGGUAAAGCUGCUCUAUUAGAAAAAGAAUUGAUGACUAUACUGUGCGAAACAGAAGCACUUAUUAAUUCACGUCCUUUAACUUACAUAGCAGACAGCACUGAAAAUUUUACAGCUCUUACUCCUGCAAUGUUUCUUAAGGUAGGCAGUACUUAUACAAGUGAUUUAGACCAAGCUUAUUCAUCUAAUCUUGCUACUCGUUAUCGUUAUAUUGAAAAAAUCAAUAGGGAUUUAAAACAAAGAUUUAGAUCAGAAUAUUUAUCGUUAUUAACGCAAAAGUAUGGCAAAAAUAAGAACAAUCUGAAACCUGGAGAUAUUGUACUUAUUGGUUCAGAUGAUUUAAAACGCGUAAAUUGGCCCUUGGGUCUCAUUUUACAGAUAUGUCCUGGUGUUGAUAACGUUGGUAGGGUAGCUCGUAUUAAAACGGCUAAAGGCGAACGUCUUCGACCUUUGCAACGUUUAUACCCUCUAGAGGUGUCACAAUUAGAGGAUAUUCAGUUUCCACGGCCAUCGGGAUCAAAUGAUAAAGUUAUUGAUUCUAAAGUUGAGGUUGAAAAUUGUCCAGCCAAGAUUACACGUUCUGGUCGUCCUGUGAAACUUCCUCAUCGACUUGACAUAUAA